AUGUGGAACAAGACAACCGAAAUGUCCCAGGUGCGUGAAAGUGAAACUCCUGAAGAUAGGGUUGUCGAAAUUCUAUCCAGGUUGCCGCCCAAGUCUCUGAUGCGAUUCAAAUGCAUACGCAACUCUUGGUGCACUCUCAUUAAUAGGCCAAGUUUUAUGACCAAACACCUCAGCAAUUCCGUGGACAACAAACUCUCAUCCUCCACUUGUAUCCUAUUCAAUCGUUCUCAGGCUCAAGUUUUCCCGGACAAGAGUUGGAAACAAGAAAUUUUCUGGUCCAUGAUUAAUCUUUCAAUUGACAGUGAUGAGCACAGCCUUCAUUAUGAUGUUGAGGAUCUAAAUAUACCGUUUCCAUUGGAAGAUCAUGAUUUUGUACAGAUUUACGGUUAUUGCAAUGGGAUUGUCUGUGUAACAGCAGGGAAAAAUGGUCUUUUAUGCAAUCCUGCCACGGGGGAAUUUAGGCAACUUCCCGAUUCAUACCUUCUUCUACCUUCCCCUCCCAAGGGAAAAUUCGAAUUGGAAACGAGAUGUCGAGCAUUGGGGUUUGGCUAUGAUUGCAAAGCUAAACAAUACAAGGUUGUGCAAAUUAUAGAAAAUUGUGAGUAUUCAGAUGAUGAGCGAACAUAUUAUCAUCGUAUUGCUCAUCCUCAUACGGCUGAGGUAUACACCACAACUGCUAACUCUUGGAAAGAGAUCAAGAUUGAUAUAUCAAGUAAAACCUAUCAUUGUUCUUGUCCAGUGUACUUGAAGGGAUUUUGUUAUUGGUAUGCAACGGAUGGCGAGGAAUACGUACUUUCAUUUGAUUUAGGUGAUGAGAUAUUUCAUAGAAUACAAUUGCCUUAUAGGAGAGAAAACAGUCUUAAGUUUUAUUAUAUUUUUCUUCGUAAUGAAUCUCUUGCUUCUUUUUGCUCUCGUUACAAUCAAAGUGGUGAUUCUUUAUUAUCUGAAAUAUGGGUAAUGAACGACUAUGACGGAGUUAAGAGUUCAUGGACAAAACUCCUAACUGUUGGACCCUUACAAGGCAUUGAGAAGCCAUUGACAUUUUGGAAAACUGACGAGCUUCUUAUGCUUGCCUCCGAUGGAAGAGCCACCACUUACAAUUCUUGCAUUGGAAAUCUCAAGUAUCUUCAUAUUCCUCCUAUUCUCAAUAGGGUUGUAGAUUUCCAAGCUCUUACUUAUUUGAAAAGUAUUGUUCCACUCAAGUGA